UAUCCUCUUCCAUGUACGUAAUUUUAAAUAAUGGCAUUAACACACACAACCACAAUAAACUAAAACAAGAAAAAUAUUUGCUUAUUUCUACACAAUUAAAAUCCAAAAAGCCGACAGCAACAUUGCAUCACGUUCAAACAUUUAAGGCCUUCUGGAUCUUGGGCCUUCCCAUAAAUGACAGAAUACCAAGGUUAUUAGCCUUAAUCUGUGUAGUAUACCUUGAGUAUACCACCCGGAAAUUGGAUUUCUCUAUUCUUCAUGCUUCUCUUUCAUUUAAUUUGACAUAAAGCAUUGUUUAUUUAACCUAGGAGUGGAUUUCAUUCCCUAACAAAAUUUUUGUAAUUUUUCAGAUUUGUUGUUAUUGAAUUGUAGUGGAUUAUUUGUUAUAUCUUCUCGUGACUUUUUCCGCUACAGACUUCUAUAAUGACAUCUCAACUGCCUAGUUGUAUAUCAGUUCCAUUGGAAGUUAAGGAACUUAAAGAAAUAAUUUUAAAAACCAAAGACUGGGCAAUAAUGCAUGGAAUAGGAAUCCGUUCAAAAACAAAUUUCAGUGAAGAUUCUAUAAAUAUUGCACCAUUUGUUUUAUUACCAUCAUCCUUUCCGAAACAGCAAUUUCAGAAGGCUAUAGAUAUACAAACCACUUUAAAUGAAUUAAUGCAUCAUGUGGCACAUGAUAGAUUGUUUCUAACUGAAACUUUAAAGGGUACUAUUGAAGUGGAUGAAUUUACAGGCAAUCUAUUUAAAAUAUAUGAGACUGUCAUGGAUGAGGGUAUUUCUCAGAAAAUAAGUUUAGGACUCGUACGGUCUGAUUAUAUGGUGCAUUCAGAAAGGUCUAAUAUGAUCAAGCAAGUAGAGUUUAACACUAUCUCUGUUAGCCUUGCGGGUGUUGGGAAUGCAAUUUCAAAUUAUAAUAGGUAUGUUUUGCAAGAGUUGGGACACUUUGAUAAACUUAAAAAUUUACCCGAAAACAAUGCUCUAUUGGGUAUAACAAUGGGUUUGCUGGACGCUUGGAAAAUAUAUAAUAAUCCUAAUGCUGCAAUAAUGGUUGUUGUAGAAGAUGUAACGUACAAUAUCUGCGAUCAAAGGUUUCAUGAAUUUGAGUUGAAAAGAUUAAAUCCUCAAAUAAAAUUGCUGAGAAGAACGCUGACUGAAGUAUAUGAAACCGGAAAAUUAUCACUAGGAAGUAAUGAGUUAAUAAUUGACGGUUUUAUUGUAAGUGUAGUGUACUAUAGAUCUGCCUACACACCAGAACAAAUAUCCACCCAAAAUGAAUGGGAGGCGCUCAUUGAAAGGUCUCGAGCAAUUAAGUGUCCUUCAAUUCAAUAUCAUUUAGCGGGAACUAAGAAAGUCCAACAAACUUUAGCAAAACCUGGAAUAGUAGAAUCGUUUUUAAACGAAGCCGCAAAAAUUGCAGCCGUUAGAGAAGUAUUUACAGGUCUUUAUGGACUUGACUUCGAUGAAUCUGGUGAUCGGGCUGUGCAGAUGGCUAUUGAUGACCCUGAAAGAUUUGUUUUGAAGCCACAACGAGAAGGCGGUGGUAAUAACAUUUACGGUAAAGACAUUAGAGAGGCGUUAUUAAAAAUGAAGGACUCGAAAGAACGCACAGCGUGGAUUCUUAUGGAGAAAAUAAACCCUCCUGUAUCCAAGGGUUAUUUGAUACGGGCAGGGGGGACAAAUCCUCCACCCUUAAUGGAGCUGGUUUCUGAAUUAGGAGUUUUUGGCGUUGUAUUGGGAGAUUCAAAAAAUAUUUCUAUAAAUCGCCAAGUUGGUCAUAUGCUUCGGACUAAAGCUCCAACGGAUAAUGAAGGUGGUGUUGCUGCAGGCCUAGGAGCGCUAGAUAGUCCAUAUCUUGUCGAUAUUUAAUAUGAAGGCAAAUGUUAUUUCAGAUUUUUAAAUAUCCAAGUUUACUAUACUUUGUAAUUAUAUAUU